UCCAAGAUAUCCUCCUCCUCCAGGGCAGCCAUACUUCAAGGAUUGAUUCGGAGCGCAAUAAUUUUUAAAAAAUGUCAUUAAAACUCUAGCAAAGCUAAGUAACCAAUCUGUUGCAAGAAUACACAGUUAGCUGUUUUUCUUAUUGACAAUAAGAAAUAAUGUCGUAAUAAAAAUGUAAUUCAAAAAGAUAUUCUUAACAACCUCUGAGAACUACUUUAUUUUUAUGGGCGAAAGCACUUCCUGUAUAUAUACAAUGCGCUUAGGUCGCACGUGUACGUUGUUGAUGUUUGAGAUGGAUAUUUAAUUUCAAACCUUAAAGAGAAGAAACCAAUCUGGUUUUAGCAAAGAUAACCUAGCAGGAAUUACAACUAUGGGUCGGCUUAGGAAAAAGCACAACUGGAAAGCUAGACAGCAAAGUGAAGUCGUUGUCGACCAUACGGAAGAACAGAAGGUGCAGCUUCAAGUAGAUCUUGAAGAUGUGAGGUCUGAAGGAUAUGAUGAGAGCAACCCAUUGACUCUGCCAUCAAAGAAACGUACAACAAAGAAAGUGCAACAGAAAGAUACCACAAUUAGGAAGCUGAGCAAAAAGCAGAGAAAGCACCUGGAGAAAAUUGUACAGUUAAAAGAAAAGAAAGCCAAGAGGGCAGAUCUGCUUGCAUCUUUGUCUGAAGUUCAAGCUUCUCAAGAAGAAAUGUCUUUACUUACUUCACUAGCAGAAGCUCAAACUAAAAGACCAAAAAGUCGACUAGCCGCCAUACUGGACUAG